UACAAAAAUUAACAUUUAGCAAAAAACAUCAUUGGAAAUUUGUUUCGAAAAAAAAUUCUUCGUUAUAAACUAUAAACUUAAAAAUAAAGCUACUAAAUGGUGUGUUAAUAAAGCGUAAUGGCUAAGAAGGGUGGAGUGCAACAAUUGCAGGCCGACCUGCAAAACGAUGAGGAUUUUGAGAAGUUCCUCGAGCGACCUGGCUUAUUAGUGUUGGAUAUCUACUCAGAGUGGUGUGGACCGUGUUUGGGCAUGGUUGGCAGUUUGCGUAAAAUAAAAUUGGAAAUCGGUGGCGAUAAUUUACAUCUCGCUAUUUGUAAAUCGGAUACGAUCUCUUACCUGAAACGUUUCUGCAAGAAGAGUGAACCAACAUGGAUGUUUGUAACUAAAGGCAAAGCCACAAAUCUGUUAUUCGGCUCCAACACACCGAAGCUAAUGAAACUGAUAGCCCAAGAACUCGAAUUGCUCAACAAGCCGCGCACAUUUUAUGAUAUUACUGAGUUGCAGCCGGAGGAGGAGCGGCGCCGCAAAGUGAAAUUGGAUACUCAAACGGAGGCGAUAAAUAAGGAAAAGGCGGCAAAGAAGAAAAAACGGCAUGAUUAUUUGAAUAUGAUGACAGAUACAAUAAUCGAGAACAUACCUGAUAUGGGUGUGACCGUUUUUGGACCGCAAGUUAAUCGCGAUAUGUACAAAAAGCUACUCGAACCGGCGGAAAACAUGAAGCUACAGUGUAAAGAUCGACGCGUAAUCAAUGUUAGUCGUGCCGAUUUCGAUGUGGUGAACUAUGCUUGUCCCAAUCCGCUAUCCGAGGAUGUGCUCGAGCAGUUGGAUCAAAAGGAUUUGAUGAUGUGCUUUUGGAAAAUGCCAGAAGAUGAUCGUCGACCCAUACCGGAGGUAUUGAACAAAUAUGCGCACGAACUGACAAAGGAACGCCAUGAAGUAGACGAUCUUACUGAAGAGGAGAUUGUGCAUCCGCCAAUUAUAGUACCGAUGGAUUUGACAAUUGAAAUUGAAUUACAGGAGGGUGAAGAAUGGGAGGAUGAGCCAGAACCGGAGCCGGAGCCACCACCUGCGCCCAAGAAAGCGCAUUUGAAAAAAGAAGAGGCACCAACGCCUGCCGCAACUGCCGAGCCUGUUGAAGGUGAAGAAGAUGAAGGCGAAGAGGGCAGCGAAGGUGAUGAGGGCGGUGAAGGCGGAGAAGCUGGCGAGGGCCCCGAAAUGCCAGAUUUACAAAUGGAGCCAUUUGAUCUCGAUUUUGAUUUAGAUGACGGCGAAGAGGCAGAAGAUGAAGCCGAACCCGAGCCAGAGGUUGAAAUUGUUGUGAAGAAACGAUAUCGUAAGAAAAUCAUACGUAUACCGCCAAUAUGGGUAGCGGGCAAUGCGCGCACGCAUGCGGCACUCAUUUACGUAUUCUUCCGUCAACAAACAUCCGGUUUCUUACCGCCGGACCCGGCGCCAGAGCCGCCUCACAUCAUUAUGGCCUUCGACGCAUAUAAGAAACGUGAUUUGAUAAGCGUAAUGGAGCGACUGAAGGAUGAUGUGCCGCGUUACGGCUUCUUUACAAGCGACGAAGCCGAGGAUGCGAAAUUGAUAGCGAAUUCAGCAACAAAAUACGCUGGCUUACCACAAAAUCCCACGGACAAAAUCGUAUUCAAGGUUAACAAGCAAACAUCGCAUACAAUGCUCUCGCUAGCCACAUAUGGACCGAGCUAUGUCAGUCCGGACGCUGUGAUUGGACACGAGGAGGCGCUUAAAUUCUUCCCCGAGAGUUAUAAAACCGCCGAACAGGAAGCAGUAGAAAUGGCCGAAAGGGAAUCUGUAAAACCGAAGAAGAAGAAGAAGCGUUCAUCAAUACAUAACGUCAAGAGCGAAAACGCGGAGCAAGCGCCUGCAACUAGUACUGAGGAAAGUGGUGAAAGUCGACCAGCAACUGCACCUGAGGGUGAGGAAACCGUUUUAGCAGAAACACAAUUAGGCGAAGCACCGCCAACGGAGGGUGAACAACCACCAGCAGCCGGCGAGGGUGCUGAAGCGCCACGUGAAGGCAGCACAUCGGCGCCAGCAGAAGGCGAAGCAGCGCCAGUGCCAACAGGUGAGGAAACUGCAGCAGCUGCAGAGAACCCUGAUGCUGGCGGUGGCCUCGAAGUAGCGCAUUCUGAAGCGCCUCCAGAAGCAGAGGGACACACGGAAGCGCCAGCUGAGGCACCGCCAGAAGAAGCGCCGCCCGCAGAAUGAAACCCACCUCCAAAAAAAAAUUAAAAAAAUGUAGAAAAAAUA